AAUCGAAACGUCAAAUUAAAAAUGUUAGGUUAUGUGGUAGUUGUUAAUAUAAUCAUUUUAUUUUAAACGAAAUUAACAUAUUUAGGUGAAAAUGGCAUUAAAUAGACUUUUCGGCAAUUUAACAAUAGGUCCAGCACUAUUAAGCAGGCGUACCAUUCAUGUUACCGUUACAAACUUGGCUAGUAAGCCAAAUAUUGUUAAACCGAAGCCAGGAUUUGGCAAAAGCUAUCGAAGAAUAGUACAUUUUCCGGAAGAAUACACGGUAAAACCAUUGAACGUCACAAACCUUGCCGGCAGAGACCCUGUGACUGGUAGGUUAGUAGCAAAGGGUAUCGGCGGAGGUAUAAAACAUAAAUAUCAUUGGAUAGAUUGGCACAGAACCGGACCAACGGAAGGUCCACCGCAACUGGAAAAAGUUAUACAGGUCAUGGAGGAUGGAUGUCGAACAGCACACAUUGCCUUGGUGGCCAUUGGUGAUAAAUUAAAAUACAUAUUGGCUACAGAGAACAUGAAAGCUGGAGAUAUCAUAAAAUCAUCUCGCGAAUUGCCUAGGAUACCUGUGAGGGCAAAUGAGGGUGAUGCUUAUGUAUUGGGAGCUCUGCCCACUGGAACACUGGUACAUUCUAUUGAAAAAGAACCAGGUCAGGGCGGUUUAUACAUACAUGCAGCAGGAACAUACGGUACAAUUAUCAGGAAGCAAGAGGAUCGAGUUAUUGUGCAGAUGCCUUCCAAACAUUUAUUUAGUUUUGACCAGCACUGCAUGGCCGUUGUUGGACGCCUUUCGAAUGUCCUACACGGCAGCACGCCUAUAGGUUCGGCUCAGCGCAAUAGAUGGCUCGGGAAUAGGCCUCGGUCUGGUCUCUGGCAGAGGAAGUCUGGGCGUCACGGCAGGAAGAUCAAGCCACCAAAGCCAGUGAAGAAGAUUGCUAAUCCAGUCAUAACGCAACUCCCGGCAAUACAGAUGAACAUGCACCCUUAAUUGUAUAGAUAUAAUAUUUAAUAAAUUGUUGUUAGUAGAUA